AAAGCAAUGGAGGCAACCCAUAUAAAUACAACAAUUUUCAUCACAAUUUGUGCAGUUAACCACUCUUGACUCCCAUAAACUACUAUCAAAUCACUGUCCAUCUAUGGCGUUUAAUUCCAGGCUUUGUCUUCUCCUGCUUCUCCUCUCCCUGGGUACUGUGAUCAAUGCCACGAUGUUCACUCUUCAGAACCAAUGCAGUUACACAAUCUGGCCGGCAACACUCUCCGGCAACGGUCUCGGCGCUUUGGGUGACGGCGGUUUUGUGUUACCACCCGGUUCACAGCUCCAAUUCAUUGCCCCACCCGGCUGGUCUGGUCGAUUCUGGGCACGAACCGGUUGCAACUUCGAUGCAUCCGGUACUGGCAAGUGCGUUACCGGAGACUGCGGCGGAUUCCUAAAGUGCAACGGCGGAGGUAUCCCACCAGCCAGUCUCGCUGAAUUCACUCUCGGAACCAACCAAAACGAGAAGGAUUUCUACGACGUUAGCCUCGUCGACGGCUAUAAUGUCGGAGUGGGGGUUAAGGCUUUAGGCGGGUCGGGUGAUUGUCAAUACGCGGGUUGUGUGGCGGAUCUGAAUGGGAACUGCCCCGAAGAGUUGAAGAUUAUGGAUUCGGGUUCCGUUGUCGCGUGCAAGAGCGCGUGUGCAGCGUUUAACGCGCCGGAGUUUUGUUGCACCGGCGAUCACGCAACUCCUCAGACUUGCUCGCCGAGUCAGUACUCGGUGAUGUUCAAGAUUGCGUGUCCCACGGCGUAUAGUUAUGCUUACGAUGAUGCUACGAGUACUUGUACUUGUUCCGGGUCGGAUUACUUGAUCACGUUUUGUCCAACUGGGUCAGGGUAGAUAGUUUCUUAGGAAAUUUUCAGAUUUAUGUUAUUUACUUUUUCAGCAAUUUUAU